AUGCUGCUGCUACUGCGUACUCACGCCCCCUUCACACGCCCCCUUGUCGGUUCUUGUCAGGGAUUGCCCCUGUUCGGGCCUGUCCCAACCCUGGUCCUGUCUUGCGUCUUUGGCCACCAUCCCCACCCCAAUCCUCAUCCUCCCGGGCGCUCGCUCUCACAAUCUCUCUCGCGCGCCGGGCCUGCGCUUCUUGCUACGACGUGCUACGACGUAGGCUUCCGCUGGGCGUGGUGGGCGUGGUGGGCUUGCUGGGCGUUGCCGGGGCUUGCGCCAUCCUGGCCAACCAUCCGUCGUCAUCCGUCUCCCUCCAUCCGCGCCGCCGCCAUCAAAACGCCCGUUCAACCCAUUCCCAUCGCAUCCCAUCCACCCCAAUCCCAAUCCCUCCAUCCCAGCUCAAGCAGCCCAGCCCUCUUCGUCCCACUCUCAUCCACUCCUCCACGCCUCCACGCCCUCCCUCCCUCCUCCAUCCGUCGUCGCGGUGCCCUCAAACCCCAACCGCAGCCAUCAUCAUCUCGUCCACUGCCACCGACCGCUGCCACUGCCGCUGGCGCACUAGACCCCGUUUUCCCCAUCCACCCCAUCCAUCCAUCCCAUCUUCGACUAUCCAUUCCAUCUUCACCAUCAUCAUCAACAUCACCACCACUCACACUCUCUCUUUCCCGGCGCGUCGCAAGCCUUCACAGGGUCGACAAUCGCACGCGCGCAAACUUCUUGCUGGGCCUGCGCCUUUCGUCUCUCGGCCGGCAGCAUCGGGGAGCUGCGCAACGGACCUUGGGCUCCAUCUUUUGCGGGGACCCGCGCACGCGCUGCGCACAGCUUGCUCCAUCUUCAUCGUCAUCAUUACCAUCGUCGAGUCGCAAUCAAUCUGUUGCGCCGAGCCGCGCCGCCGUCGCCCUCGUUUAUCUGUGA